GGGACCUGGGGUACAACCCCUACAGCCCCAUAGGGGUCCUGGGGGACCCCCCCAUAGGGGUCCUGGGGUACCACCCCUACAGCCCCAUAGGGGUCCUGGGGGACCUUCCUCUCCCACAGCCCUUAUGGGGGUCCUGGACACCUCCCCCCCCGUGGGGGGGUCCCGGGGCAUCUCCCCCUCCCCAACAUCGCCCCGUGGGGGUCCCGGGGAACCCGCCCCCCCCCCAAGUGCCGGGGCUGAGCGGGGCGGCGGGGCUGGGCGGCCCCGGUUCCCGGCCCCCGCCCCCGGCUCCCCCCCGCCCCUCCCCGCCCUCCCGCCGGUGCCGGCUCGGGGAAAGUUGCGGCGAGCCCCGGUCGGCGGAGGCAGAACCGGCAGCAGCGGGAGGACCGGGGUACGGCGGUACCGACCGCACCGGCGGUACAGGCAGCACCGGAGCACGGUAGAACCGGCGCUUCCCGGCCGAGCAUCCCCGGGGGCCAUGGAGCCGCCGCGGAGCCUCCCGGGGCUGGAGCCCGACCGUGAGGCGCUGGACCCGGCCGGCGGCUGCCCGUCCCCGUUGGAGAUCAAGUCGGUCCCCAGCAAGAAGAUCUGGGUCAAGCUCCGGGCGCUGCUGCGUUACAUGGUGAAGCAGCUGGAGACGGGUGAAGUGAACGUGGAGGAGCUGAAGAGGAAUUUGGAAUACGCCGCCUCGCUGCUGGAGGCCGUCUACAUCGACGAGACGAGGCAGAUGCUGGACACAGAGGAUGAGCUGCGGGAGAUGGGUUCGGACGCGGCAGUGCCCUCGGAGGUGCGGGACUGGUUGGCGGCCACCUUCACCCAGCAAGCGCGGGCCAAGGGGCGCCGGGCAGAGGAGAAACCCAAAUUUCGCAGCAUCGUUCACGCCGUCCAGGCUGGCAUCUUCGUGGAGAGGAUGUUUCGGCGGACGUACACGGCUGUGGGGCCCAGCUACUCCACCUCCGUCCUGAACUGCCUGAAGAGCCUCGACCUGUGGUGCUUCGAUGUCUUUGCGCUGAACCGGGUGACGGACGAUCACUCCCUGAGGACCAUCGUCUUCGAGCUCUUCACCCGACACAACCUCAACAGCCGCUUCAAGAUCCCCACCGUCUUCCUGACGACGCUGCUGGAUGCGCUGGAGGCCGGCUACGGGAAGUACCGGAACCCUUAUCACAACCAGGUCCACGCCGCCGACGUCACCCAGACCGUCCACUGCUUCCUUCUCCGCACCGGCAUGCUGCACUACCUGACGGAGAUCGAGGUCCUGGCCAUCAUCUUCGCUGCCGCCAUCCACGACUACGAGCACACGGGCACCACCAACAGCUUCCACAUCCAGACCAAGUCGGACUGCGCCAUCCUCUACAACGACCGCUCGGUGCUGGAGAACCACCACAUCAGCGCCGUCUUCCGCAUGAUGCAGGACGAUGAGAUGAACAUCUUUGUCAACCUCACCAAGGACGAGUUUGUGGAGCUGCGGGCGCUGGUGAUCGAGAUGGUCCUGGCCACCGACAUGUCCUGCCACUUCCAGCAGGUGAAGUCCAUGAAGACGUCCCUGCAGCAGCUGGAGAGGAUCGAUAAGUCCAAGGUGCUGUCGCUGCUGCUGCACGCGGCCGACAUCAGCCACCCCACCAAGCAGUGGUCGGUGCACAGCCGCUGGACCAAAGCCCUGAUGGAGGAGUUCUUCAGGCAGGGGGACAAGGAGGCUGAGCUGGGGCUGCCCUUCUCGCCCCUCUGCGACCGCACCUCCACGCUGGUGGCCCAGUCCCAGAUCGGCUUCAUCGACUUCAUCGUGGAGCCCACCUUCUCCGUGCUGACCGACGUGGCUGAGAAGAUGGUGCUGCCCAUCGCCGAGGACGGCACCAAAGCCAAGGGCAAUCCGGUGGCCGGCCAGCAGGCCAGCUCGCAGUGGCGGCAGCCGUCCCUGGACGAGCACCUGGAGCUGGGGGAUAUCAAAGCCGACCUGGCCGGCUUCCGCUCCACCUGGACCAAAUACAUCCAGGAGAACAAGCAGAAGUGGAAGGAGCGGGCGGCCAGCGGCAUCACCAACCAGGCGUCCAUCGAGGAGCUGUCGCCCUGCGAGGAGCAGUCGCCCGCGGCCCCCAGCCGGCACAGGCAGAACGGGGACGUGGAAUAGCACCGGGAGGAGCGAGGUCCUCGUCCAGCCGAGUGACGCCGUCUCGCCCAAAGUCUUCGACGCCAUCGAGUUCAGCACCAUUUGCAGGGAAGGAGCCGCCCGGGGCCGCAGAAGGAUCAGUGCCAACCUCCGCGCCAGGAGCAUCCCCGGGGCCGGCAGCCCCCCAGCCCGGCCAGCUCCGGGUGCCUGUGCCAAAUCGGCCACCGAGCCGCGUGGCCUUGGGCCACGGGUGACGGUGACGCCGCUCCUCUCACUGCCACGUCAGCGGCUGCCCGGCGCCUCCCCCCCACCGGGUUUUGUCCUUACGGCUUUUUAAAAAAGCUUCUUUUUGCCCCACUGGGGAGCUGGGGGGGGGCUGGGGACAAUGAUGGUGGCCCUGGGGAUAGCAGGGGACCGAGGGAUGGAGGAGCCAUGUCAGACACGCUGUCACCCUGAGGGCACCACGGUCCCCUCUGUGCCUGCUGGGGCUGUCCGGUGACACCGUGAUGGGUGGCCCCUAAUGUCCCCCCCCCACCUGUCCCAAGCAUCCCUGUCCUGGGAUAUGUGUCUUUUUUGUCACCUGGGCUGGGGACACGUCCCUGUAGGUCCUGUCCCCAGGUCCGCUGGCCGCAAAGGCACCUCAGAGGUUCCCCUUGGGGUCCUGCCCUACGCGGCGUGGGCAAGGCUGGGAGCUGGGGGCCGGGGGGGGGCAGCGAGGCGGUGAUGGGGCAGCAUGUGUGGGGCCGGAGUGGCGGUGGGAGCUGGGGCUGGGGCACAGCAGGAGGGCAGAAUUGGGCCAGCCCCUGGCUCCGGCAUCCCCCAGUUCCAGGGUGUCUCUAGCACCUUCUGGCUCCGGUGUGCUUCCAGCAUCGCUGGCUCCAGCGUGUCUCCAGCAUCCUUCAGUUCCAGCAUGCCCCCCCCCGUAUCCCUCCCCUGCUUGCUCCGGCUUUGCUGUGCCUCCGGCAUCCCAGCUCCGGUGUGCCUUGAGCAUCCUCUGGCAUCCCAGCUCCCGGUGUGCCUCGAGCAUCCUCCAGCAUCUCGGCUCUGGUGUGCCUCGUGCAUCCUCCGGCAUCCCAGCUCCGGCGUGCUUCGAGCAUCCUCCGGCAUCCCUGGCUCCAGCGUGCCUCGAGCAUCCUCCGGCAUCUUGGUUCUGGUGUGCCUCAC